GGAAGGCCCGGACCGUGGGGCACGGGCGCCCGCAGGGGUCCCGAGGGCGCGGGCGGUGGCAGGUGCCCGGCCGGACUACAAGUCCCAGCAUGCCGAGCUGCUCUGACCCGGCCCCCGCUGCCACUUAAAGGCUCCGGGAGCCGCAGCCGUCGGGUCGCCGCGGCUUUCGCUUUGCAGCCGCGGCUGGGCGGGCGGGAACGGCCAGCUCCGUGGCCGGCUGUUCUCGCGUCCCGGCUCCGGCAGCGCCGAGGGGCGCUCCUUUUCCAGCCCUCCCGGCUCGGGGAUUUCCUUCCGAGGCGUCCGCGUCCCCGGGCUCCCCGCCUCGGCCACCUCGCGGCCCCGAUGCCGAGGCAUGGAUAGAGCGGUGCUGCGCGCGGUGGCGAUGGGGGAGAAGAAGGACGGCGGCGGCGGGGGGGCCGCGGCGGCCGCGGAUGGGGGCGCCGGGGCCGCAGCUAGCCGGGCGCUGCAGCAGUGCGGGCAGCUCCAGAAGCUCAUCGACAUCUCCAUUGGCAGCCUGCGCGGGCUGCGCACCAAGUGCGCGGUGUCCAACGACCUCACCCAGCAGGAGAUCCGGACUCUGGAGGCAAAGCUGGUCCGGUACAUUUGCAAGCAGCUGCAGUGCAAGCUGAGUGUGGCUCCGGGCGAGAGGACAGCGGAGCUCAACAGCUACCCUCGGUUCAGCGACUGGCUGUACACCUUCAAUGUGAGGCCAGCGGUGGUGCAGGAGAUCCUUCGUGAGCUCACACUGGAUGCCCUGCUGGACAUGAACGAGGCCAAGGUGAAGGAGACGCUGCGGCGCUGCGGGGCCAACGCCGAGGAGUGCGGCCGCCUGCAGUACGCCCUGACCUGCCUGCGGAAGGUGACCGGCCUGGGAGGGGAGCACAAAGAGGAUUCAGGCUGGAGUUCGUUGGAUGCCCGGCGGGAAAGCAGCUCCGGGACUUCAGCGGACACCCUCUGUCCAGCCAGCCCCUGGCCCCUGGGGAGCUCCCAGCUGGGCAGAAUGGGCAGUGUUGCCCAGGGCCCACGUUCCGUCUCCGUGUCAGCUCUGCCGGUCUCGGACUCCCCAACCCCCGGCCCCGGUGAGGGCCUCUCGGACCCCUGUAUCCCCCUGCACUCCGGUGGCCGGCUGACCCCCCGUGCCCUGCACAGCUUCAUCACCCCGCCGACCACGCCCCAGCUCCGACGGCACGCCAAGCUGAAGCCGCCGCGGACGCCACCCCCGCCCAGCCGCAAGGUCUUCCAGUUGCUGCCCAGCUUCCCCACACUCACCCGGAGCAAGUCCCACGAGUCUCAGCUGGGGAACCGCAUUGAUGAGGUCUCCCCAAUGAGGUUUGAUCUCCCGCACGGAUCCCCACAGACGGUACGAAGGGACAUCGGGCUCUCGGUGACACACAGGUUCUCCACCAAGUCCUGGCUGUCGCAGGUCUGCCACGUGUGCCAGAAGAGCAUGAUGUUUGGAGUGAAGUGCAAGCACUGCAGGUUGAAGUGUCAUAACAAGUGUACAAAAGAAGCCCCCGCCUGUAGAAUAUCCUUCCUUCCACUACCCAGGCUUCGGAGGACAGAAUCUGUCCCCUCGGACAUCAACAAUCCUGUGGACAGAGCAGCUGAGCCUCAUUUCGGAACCCUCCCCAAAGCACUGACAAAAAAGGAGCACCCUCCGGCCAUGAACCACCUGGACUCCAGCAGCAACCCGUCCUCCACCACGUCUUCCACGCCCUCCUCACCGGCACCCUGCCCAGCGUCAUCCAACCCAUCCAGUGCCACCACGCCCCCCAACCCCUCGCCCGGCCAGCGGGACGGCAGGUUCAACUUCCCAGCUGCCUACUUCAUUCAUCAUAGACAGCAGUUUAUCUUUCCAGACAUUUCAGCAUUUCCCCCGGCAGCCCCGUUCCCUGACACAGCAGACAGUGCCCGGCUUGAUGACCCACCAAAAGCAGACGUGUUGGAGGAUCAUGAAGUGGAGGCCGAGGAGCCGGAGACCGGCAAGUCCGAGGCGGAAGACGACGAGGACGAGGUGGACGACUUGCCGAGCUCCUGCCGGCCCUGGCGGGGCCCCAUCUCUCGCAAGGCCAGCCAGACCAGCGUGUAUCUGCAGGAGUGGGACAUCCCCUUCGAGCAGGUGGAGCUGGGUGAGCCCAUCGGGCAGGGCCGCUGGGGCCGGGUGCACCGGGGCCGCUGGCACGGCGAGGUGGCCAUCCGCCUGCUGGAGAUGGACGGCCACAACCAGGACCACCUGAAGCUGUUCAAGAAGGAGGUGAUGAACUACCGGCAGACGCGGCACGAGAACGUGGUGCUCUUCAUGGGGGCCUGCAUGAACCCGCCGCACCUGGCCAUCAUCACCAGCUUCUGCAAGGGACGGACGUUGCACUCGUUUGUGAGGGACCCCAAGACAUCUCUGGACAUCAACAAGACCAGGCAGAUCGCCCAGGAGAUCAUCAAGGGAAUGGGCUACCUACACGCCAAGGGCAUCGUGCACAAAGAUCUCAAAUCCAAGAACGUCUUCUACGACAACGGCAAGGUGGUCAUCACGGACUUCGGGCUGUUCGGGAUCUCGGGCGUGGUCCGAGAGGGACGGCGGGAGAACCAGCUGAAGCUGUCACAUGACUGGCUGUGCUACCUGGCCCCCGAGAUCGUGCGGGAGAUGACCCCUGGGAAGGACGAGGACCAGCUCCCGUUCUCCAAAGCUGCUGACGUCUAUGCAUUUGGAACUGUUUGGUAUGAGCUGCAAGCAAGAGACUGGCCCUUGAAGAACCAAGCUGCAGAGGCCCUGAUCUGGCAGAUUGGAAGUGGAGAGGGCAUGAGGCGAGUCCUGGCCUCCGUCAGCCUGGGGAAGGAAGUCACGGAGAUCCUGUCCGCCUGCUGGGCCUUCGACCUGCAGGAGAGGCCCAGCUUCCCCCUGCUGAUGGACAUGCUGGAGAAACUGCCCAAGCUGAACCGGCGGCUCUCCCAUCCGGGGCACUUCUGGAAGUCUGCUGAUCGCUGGCGGAGCCGCUACUAUGGGAAAGGACGUUAUGGUCACCUCGACUUUAAGAACAGCUGCCCAGUUCUGGAGGAAUACAUUAACAGCAGCAAAAUUGUACCCCGGUUUGAAAGGUUUGGCUUGGGCGUCCUGGAGUCCAGUAAUCCAAAGAUGUAGCCAGCUGUGCAGUUUUUCUGCUGACAUAUUUCUUCCUUAAAUGUUUCUAAAACAUCCAAACCACCACCACGACAAAUAAAACAACACUCUUUGAAAUGCCAGCCACCCUCCUGAGUGCUGCAAACCAGGAGCACAAGUCCUCGAUGUAGACUGUUCGUCCACUGAAGCACUUGGGUCCCCAAGAUGGAGCCGCACCUGCUGUUUCUUAAAAUGACGUCACCAACAACCCAACCUGUCCUGAUGGACAGCAAAUGUUUACACGUAUGUUUCUGCGGAGUUGGACUUAAUGUACAAUAGGUAAUAAUAAAAACGGUCCAUGCCGAGGUCGCUGGCACUGUUGGCCAGGAUGGCAGAACUGGCCGUCCCCUCUGGAGGACCCUAUAGGCAGUGGGGAGCCCACGCUGGGCCAGAGGAGGAAAAGCAUUGUGAUUGUGGCUGUUUUCCAGGUAGGACGGGGGACCACAAGGUGUGACCCGGCCGCCUCGUUGGCCCUAAACCCCGUUCAUGGGGGAUCUCCGUCUGCAGGGUUCUCCCUGUCCAAUCGGAGGGAUGCUGUCCCUUCCUCCUCUUGCAGAGGAAGCCCUGACCAGUAGCUUAGCUGGCUUACGAGGGUCAGGAGUUUGCAGAGAGCUUGGGUUCACUUCUGACCCCUGUAAUCCAGUCUGUCCCUGCUGGGGAAGCCGAGACAGAUAAAACCCAAAUAACAUCUGGACUGAUCCAGUAGUUAGUUCCUAGUCAGGGUUCCCACUGCCUGUGGAGAUGUUCCUUUCACGAAGCCCCCAGAGAGGCACCCAGGAGAUGGGACUGAAGGACCUUGGCUCUUUAGAGACGUCCCAAUUCCUUCCUUGGACCCCAGAGCUAAGGCCCCGCCGGGCAGCUACAUAGUCCAUGAUGGCUGGAGGCACAAGGACAGGGAAGGUAAUGAGGGAGAAGCAGCAGGCAGCAGGUCCCUGAGCCCACCCUCCCAGCCACAGGGUGCCCUGGCCCUUUGGAAACCCAUCAUCAGUCAUGCCAGGGUUUGGGAGCUGCCCGCCUCUUCUGCCCCACCUUUUCUGUCCCCCAACCCCUGCCCUGUUGAAACUCCUUAGCCCGCUCCUGACGCCUCCACUGCCCACUUUUGGAUCUCUUGGCAAGGGUGGGAGGCAUGACCCCCCACUUUAUUUAGACCCACUAGCAAGCCCGCAGCCUUCAGAGCCUUCUCGGGCCGAGUCAGGCCGUCUGCUUGUGUCCAUCUGAGCCGGGGUGGGGCUGGGUUUGGGAAAGUCCGGGAUAUGGAAGUGUCCUGUCUGUCCUCAAUAGAAGCUGGCACCUGAACAGGAAAGUUCCAAAUGGCAGAGGAGCCCUCCCUUCAGUGGACAUUUUGUUGUAUCAGGCUCCAAAGCCAGAAAUGACCAAGGGAGGUGAAGGUGCAGAGGAGGUCAGCUUCAGAUCUCACAUCCAUGCUGAGCCGAGACAGGAGGCAUGUGGCCCUCCCACGCCCUUCAUCUGACCCAGCUAGCCAGGUUCCCCAUCUCCCAAGCCUUCCCUGGAUUCCAUCCAAAUCGUCACAUGGGAUGGGCCACUCUGCCAGGAAGCUAUGGGGCCACCUUCCCAGCUCCAGGCCAGGCACCCCUCGGCCAGGCCCCACUGGGUGGGAGGGCACAGCCGGGCAGCAGCGCAGGGUCCCCGGGCCUCCUGGUCAGGGUGCAGGGAGGAGGACAGAGGAGCUGUAAGCCAGCUGGACUUUGCUGAGGGGCUUUUCUCCUCUGUGGGAUGUUUCUCCCCAUCAGCCUCUCUGGUGAUCUUCCCCCAAAAGCCACAUGGUGUGCGACCCUGCCUCUGGCUGUCAGCUCCUCCCCCACGCGGUGAUGCCUUCCCAGAGGUCUGUUUGUGCCUCUCACCUGUCCCUUGUGAACCCCAGCACAUGCAGGUGGGCCCAGCAGUGGGACGGCAGCCAAGCAAGUCGAGUUGGGCUCAGCUCUCAGAAAGUCAGUCUGGGUUUUGUUGUUUCUUGUGCACGUCACACUGUUGGGUCAGUUCGGGAAGCUUUCACUGUGUCUUGUGCAAGUGCUGGGGGCCGGUCGGGGGGGGGGUCACAGUGCCCGCUCCAAGGGAACCCUGAGGGUGGAGCUGAGGGACUGGGGGACACCCCCGCCCUCGCCAGGGCACUGGGAUGCCUUCUGCUCUCAGCCUGAGCCUCUGCACUGCCUGUCAUGUAAGAGAAACGCUUGAGGAACGCUCCCCCAGGUGGUCCCCCUCGCCCUGUCUGUUUAAGUGACUGUGAAUUGAGACAUGCUCGCCCUUCCAUGUGCUCUCCGCGUCUGCCUUGGAAACACAGGAAGGAGGGCAGAUACUGUGAAUUCAGCCCUCACAGCCAGCUGUGAAAGGGAUGGAGAAGCUGGGAGGCCUCCCAGGUGGGAGCCUGGGGGCUGCGGAAGUCCCCGUGGGGUCUGAGAGUGGAGCCCAGGCUUCAGCCCAUCAGCACCCCCUCUGACUCUCCAGCUUCACCUCUAAAGCCCUCGGGUCUGUCCCCAUUGUUUUUAGCCACCAGAGCCGCAACCCGAGUGUCUCCAUCCAACUCGAGGUAUUGAAUCCUAGUGACUUCCCGGUCAGUCAUGAGCGCAUGGAGCUACGUUGACCCCUCCCUGUCACCAAAUCAGGGACGUGUGCAGAGCCUGGAAUCCCUCUGCCCUCUUGUGGCAUUUCUUUCUGUGAUCCCCAAGGGAAAUGGUGUGCCUUGUCAGCCUAAGGCGGUGGCAUUCUCUGUGGAUUUGGGGGCCAGGUGGAGAUGUAAAUGUGAAACCAGUUAGAGAGCUCAUGCGAUGCUCCCGCAUCAGCCAGGAUUUCCUCUGUGUGUGCAAACCCAGCGUCUUCUGUGGCCAUGAGGCACACACUUGCUUUUUUGAAUGUGAUGUAAAAUUUGUACAGUAGAAGUUUUUAUAUUUUCUAUCAACUGCAUUUGUCUUCCAGAAAUGCUAUUAAUUUAAAUUAAAAUGGUUAGUAUUAACAGA